AUGAAUGGCAUGAUCCGAGCGAAUGGCGUAUCGAACAUGUCGGCGGUGAUCAACGUCAAAGGUGAUCACUGCUAUGCAUCCACCUCGAGGGCAACCAGAGAGGUCAACCUAAUACUAACAAAUGGACACUACAAACUAGACAAGGAAGGUACCUAUGCAGGCAAGGGCAUCAGAUACACUCGACACAACGAGAGGGACGUCUACAUCAAGCCAAUCGUUUUCAAGUACCUCAAGGGCGAACAGGUCCAGCUCUAUGAUGACGGCGAGUACAUGACCAUCAGCCUGGAACAUUUUAUCAACAAGAAGAGACGCAAGUACCAAGACAAGUGCGAGUACAUCCGCAUCCUCUCAGGAAUGACCCUGGAGGAGACAUUGGACUCGUUCAAGGCCGACGCCGACGCGCUCAAGGAAGGUACUAACGGUAUCAUCGACAUGUACACAACAGGACAGAACAUCAACAAGGCAGCGAUCAAACUGUUUAUAUCAUACAACAAGACAGUCAAGCCAGAGCCAAUCGAUCAGAAGGAGGGCGAGUGGAUAUCCAAGUCAACCUUUGGCGCAUUGAUGUUUUCCAUCCAGCAUACAGGAGGUCUCUACAUGUAUGACGUCUGCAAGAUGUAUGGUGCGAUCAUGAAGAGCGGCGGCUUCAUGAUCCCAAUCAAGUGUGGCGAGUUCCAACAACUGACCGACGAAGAGCUGAGCGCAAUGAAAUCAAUACCAUUCGGUAUCUAUCGCGCAACGAUCAACGGCAAGCAUGGAGCAUUCAAGAUUAACAAGAAGGAUUACUACACUCACUACGACCUAAUCUUUGCUAAGGAGCUAGGACUGACAUUCAACUUGAAGACCGGCAACAAGGCCAAUGCAUUGUUAUACGAUAGCACAUGCAGGAUCAAUGGCUCCAUUCUUUUUGGCAAGAACUCUAUCAACGACUCUGGGGCGCUCUUUGGCAAGCCAUCCCGCCUCAAGUUCUUCCUCGAACUCAAUGUCGAUCAGAAGGUCUCGAUCAAGCGGAUCCCAUAA